GCUAGUCCAAACUGGAGGCCGCUCCACAGUCUAAACCUAAACCCUUCUACUAGCAUACUCAGUUUUGUUUUCUGUUGCUCCGUCGAAAUUCAAUCAUAUCAGCCAUAGCAGCAGCCUCAGCCUCAGCCUCAGCCUCAUUUUAUCCUUUACACAAGCUAAAUACCAACCAGUCAUGUCUUUGUCUAGACUCCAGCAGCCUUGUUAUUUGCAACAAUGCCCCUCCGUUCUCUCCCCCUCCAUCCCUCUUCUUUGUUCCUUCUCUUUUCGCGUCUCCCCCUAUUCUCAGAGACAAAUACGACUCCAUUUCGACGGCCACACUAGUAGUGCUGCUGCUUGUUGUAGCUUGUCUCAGCAGCAGCAAUCUCAAAUCUUAUCGUCGGUUACUAAUGGAAGUACAGUCUCUGACAGGAAAGAGAUUCGUUUAGGUUUGCCUAGCAAAGGACGCAUGGCUGCUGACACUCUUGAUCUUCUCAAGGAUUGUCAACUAUCUGUGAAGCAUGUGAAUCCUCGACAAUACGUUGCAGAAAUUCCUCAGCUUACCAACUUGGAAGUUUGGUUCCAAAGACCCAAAGACAUUGUACGAAAGUUGCUAUCAGGAGAUUUGGACCUUGGAAUUGUGGGUUUUGAUACUUUCAGCGAAUUCGGACUGGGAAACGAAGAUCUUAUCAUUGUUCAUGAUGCUCUUGGAUAUGGGGAAUGCCGUUUAUCCAUUGCAAUUCCCAAAUAUGGGAUUUUUGAAAAUAUAAAUUCACUAAGGGAACUAGCACAAAUGCCUCAAUGGACAACUGAAAAACCUCUUCGUGUUGCUACCGGCUUCAGUCAUCUGGGUCCUAAAUUUAUGAAGGAUAAUGGAUUCACGCAUGUGACAUUUUCAACUGCUGACGGAGCAUUGGAAGCUGCUCCUGCGAUGGGGAUAGCUGAUGCUAUUUUGGACCUUGUGAGCAGUGGAACAACUCUGAAAGAGAACAACUUGAAAGAAAUAGAAGGUGGGGUUGUGUUGGAGAGCCAGGCUGUUCUUGUUGCUACAAGAAAAUCAUUGAUCCAACGGGAAGAUGUGAGGAGCAUAACGAAAGAGAUUCUUGAAAGGUUUGAGGCGCAUUUGAGGGCAGGUGGUCAGUUCACGGUGACUGCAAACAUGAGAGGAAGUAGCACAGAAGAAGUGGCUGCUCGAGUACUGAGCCAACCAUCUUUGUCUGGGUUGCAGGGACCUACUGUAAGUCCAGUUUUCUGCAAACGUGAUGGAGAGGUUGUGUCAGAUUUCUAUGCCAUAGUCAUAUGUGUUCCCAAGAAGGCAUUAUAUGAGUCCGUACAGCAACUUAGAGAGAUUGGAGGCAGCGGAGUUUUAAUUUCUCCUUUAACAUACAUUUUCGAGGAAGUGACACCAAGAUGGCAGGAGCUUCUUUUAAAACUCGAUUUAUAAACACGCUGCAGCUCAUGCUUCGGUUGAUGUUUUAGCGUUCUUCUGAUUUUUGAGAAACUUUUGCUUUCCUCCUUCAAUCUCAACGGUGUUAGAAUGUCUAAUGAAUGGCUAUUGGUGUUGUAUAAUGAUGCAGUUCGAAUUUUGUUUCGGUUGAAAUUUGCAUGAUUGUGCCAUAACUCCUGCAUUCUUCUUAUAGUAUUAUGUCAUUUGAAGUUUA